AUGCCUCGUGAUAACAUUCAGGGUAUUUUCCAAGCUCGUCAAGCAAUCCAGGAUGAUGUCGAGCAAAAUCAAUGCAGGACCGCCGACCUGUGUAUCGCUGUUCGUCGUCUUGCUCGCCGUGGAGGUGUGAAGGGUAUCGCUGGUCUCAUCUUUGAGGCGACGCGUGGCAUCAUUAGAAUAUUCAUUGAAAAGUGGGUCAUCUUGCUUGUCUUCCUCGUGUCUCUGACCAUUCACUCCAAGGUUAUUCACGUGUCAGUAACAUACACAGAGCGCGCUGAGUGGGAGAAUUGGGGAACACGUAUGACAUACGGAUACUCAUUGGCGUCAAGGUUGAAGACCCCUUCCAUUCGGUCUCAAGUCCCAAAUAUUUGA